AUGAAGUUUUCCCACUCUUUACAGUUUAAUGCUGUUCCAGAGUGGUCUUCCAAGUACAUUGCAUAUACCACCUUAAAGAAGUUAAUUUAUUCUUUACAAAGGGAUUCGUUGAGGAAUCAUGGCGGGGAUCUUGAAUCUAGUUAUUUAGCUCCUCAUGAGCAUGGAGAUCGACCGGAUGGAUCGACGGUCUUCCUUGCUGCUUUGGACGCCGAGUUGAAAAAAAUUGAUGAAUUUUAUAAAACAACAGAGGCUGUUGCCUUUCAAAAUACUGAAGAGUUAAUGAGAGACAUUGAGACUUUUGAAGCUGAACUCGAAGGGGCAUCGAAGAGAAGGCCCUCGAGCUUCAGUGAUUUUGGAUUGACCAGAUCGCGGUCAAAGCUGCAAGCUAGUAGAGAAAGGACGGAAUCUGAUGCUUCAGGAGACUACAACGCCGUUACUGACCCCGAUACUGAAUUCACGGAAGGGGAGGAUGGUCGCGAGGAAGAUGAUGACAUUCAAAAUUAUAAUCCAGAGGAGAGACCUAUGCUCAAAUCUAACGGACUGCAAAGUAAAAACAUAGAGGACUAUUUGAAGUCACCCAAGACAAGUGCAAUAUGGGGGGAGAUAACCAACCAAUUACCUCCUCAAUUGAUGCUUUUAUCGGAAAGCAGGGUGAUUCUUAGAAAGAGGGUAAUCGGAUUGUAUACUACACUUUCUGAGUUGAAGUCAUACAUAGAACUCAACCAUACUGGGUUCAAGAAGGCUUUGAAAAAGUUUGACAAGUCAUUGAACACUCAUUUAAAAGAUGAGUAUUUGGAAACUCUUCCUACGAGGUCUUUCAUCUUCAAAGCUUCCACCACUGAGAAGCUAACGGAGCAUUUAGAUUCUUUGGUUAAGCUUUACGCUCUAAUCUGUAACCAUGGUGAUGACUAUGAAGCUGCUCGUUCAGAAUUGUCAAUUCAUUUGCGUGAGCAUGUAAUCUGGGAGCGAAACACUGUUUGGAGGGACAUGAUCGGCUUGGAAAGAAAAGCCCAAGCACCUCGUGCUGAUGGAGCUGAUACGAAACUGUCAGCGAAAAACGCAUUAAACUUUGACUUUUCAUUGAAGAAUCCUACAUUGAUCAAGAUAGUACUGAUUACGAUUCUAACUAUAAUAUUGUUGAACUUUUCACCCUUUGAAGACAAAGAACAAAAAAAUUGUUUUGCCUUAUUAAUUUGUGCAUCAUUGUUGUGGGCUACCGAGGCAAUUCCCCUUUUCGUCACUUCGCUCUUGAUCCCGCUCUUAAUCAUUGUCUUCAAAGUCCUUAAGAAUGAUGAUGGAUCGGUUAUGGAUGCAUUGGAUGGAUCAAAGUACGUAUUGUCAACGAUGUGGAACUCUGUCAUCCUUUUACUCUUGGGGGGUUUCACACUAGCCGCUGCGUUAUCGAAGUAUCAAAUUGCAAAACUCAUGUCCACUUGGAUUUUAUCUAAAGCGGGAACCAAUCCUUCAACGGUUCUAUUGACUAUAAUGGGAGUGGCUUUGUUUGCUUCUAUGUGGAUUUCAAAUGUCGCUGCGCCAGUGCUUUGUUUCUCUUUGAUACAACCGUUAUUGCGUACCCUACCUAAAGAUUCCCAAUUUAUCGAUGCGCUAAUCUUGGGCAUUGCAUUGGCGUCGAAUGUUGGGGGUAUGGCGUCGCCUAUCGCAUCUCCCCAGAACAUGAUAGCAAUUGGCUCUAUGGACCCACAGCCUUCAUGGGGUCAGUGGUUUGUUGUUGCGCUCCCUGUAUGCAUAAUUACCCUUGUCCUUAUUUGGGUAUUUCUUCUCGUUGCGUUUAAAUGCAAUUCAAAAAACACCACUUUAGUGUCCAUAAGAACCAUUGACGAUAAAUUCACAUUGACACAAUGGUACAUAUUGGGAGUUACUAUCAUGACUAUACUUUUGUGGUGCAUUGCUUCCAGGUUGGAAGGUAUUUUUGGCGAAAUGGGAAUCAUAGCCUUGAUACCGCUAGUCCUAUUCUUCGGUCCAGGCCUUUUAGCCACUGAGGACUUCAAUAAUUACCCAUGGAACAUUGUCAUACUUGCUAUGGGUGGAACUGCCUUGGGUAAGGCGGUAGCAUCAUCAGGGCUCUUAUCGACAAUUGCACAAACCAUUCAGGCUGAAGUUGAGGACCUUUCAUUAUUUGGUGUUACACUUACAUUUGGUUUGCUCAUACUCACGAUGGCAACGUUUGUAUCUCACACUGUGGCAGCGUUGAUUAUUAUUCCACUUGUUUCUGAAAUCGGAAACAAAUUACCUGAACCACAUCCCCGACUUUUGAUUAUGGCUAGUGCAUUAUUGUGCUCGGCUGCCAUGGGUCUUCCCACGUCCGGAUUUCCAAAUGUAACCGCUAUCUGUAUGACUGAUGAAUUUGGCAAACCAUACUUGACUGUGGGAACUUUUAUAACUCGCGGUGUUCCAAGUUCGAUCAUUGCUUAUGUUGUUAUCGUGACAGUGGGGUAUGCAACAAUGAAAAUCAUCAACUUCUAG